AAAGCCGGUGGACUAACCGCGACACAAAACAGACGAACCGACAGAACAAAGCAACAACGGCAACAAGAACCUCCCGCAUGAACUUGCAAAAGAGGGAUUUGAAAAUUAUCUCGAACUUUUAUAUACUCAAAACGUCGAACUAUUAAUAAAACGUAACGGCCGAGUAAAAGGGAUUUUUUUUCCCCGAAAAUAAAAUUUGAAAAGGAAUUCCCGAGUUUUAUAUUGAAAUUCCUAUCUCGGAAUUAUCUCCCGCCCGAUUUGGAUACGUUAUCAGAAGGGGCACGUUUCUUAUCCCUUUUCUUCUGAAAUCUGAAACAAUUGUUUUGAAAGUAGAAGAUGUGGGGCGACAAAGCAUUCGCCCUAGUCAAAGAACUGGAAAGAAGCACAGACACAAUGCCUCCUUUCGACGACGAUGCUAUUCGGUUGAUCUUGGAGGAAAUGAGGGUCCUAAAUCAAUUUAUAGAAGAUGCCAUGAACUCGACGUUUCACCCUGAGACGAACAACUUUCUAGCCGGUGUUAAGGCUCGUCAGGCAGCCCUUGAACGCAAUAAACGAUGUUUACUCGCAUACCAAUGGAACCGACUUCAGAAAUUAAGGGAGUUGCGAUGGGAAUUCGGUAACGUGCUUCCUCACGAUGUUAAGGCCAACUUGAGCGAAGGAGAAGUGGUUUGGUUUAAUAAUUACAGUAAAUGCUUGGCGAGCUAUAUGAGAACGGUAGGAGGGGAAAACGGACUGAAUUUAUUCCAGGACUUCCAGCCUCCUAAAGACUUGUACAUCGAGGUGAGAUGUCUAGUGGAUUAUGGAAAACUCGAACUGGAUUCGGGUGAGGUGAUUAUGCUUAACAAGGACAGCCAGCAUUUGAUGCCAAGGUCUCAGUGCGAACACUUAAUCAGGCAGGGGAUAUUAAAACAAAUCGAUUAAUCUGCUGUUGUUGGUGCUGCUGUUUUCAAUGAAGUCCCCGGCCUGGCUACUUGAGCAAUAGUUUCCGAAUCCAAAAGUUCAUCUGCAAUUCCUUCCUCAUCAGCUUCUAUGUCAUCGACCAUCACUUGGGCAGUCAACGAUUGCAUUUUUAAAGUCCACACUGCCUGUUGAAACAUAAUAGGUGAAACUGACUCAUGUUCAGAGGGCCUAAAAACUACUUCGAUGGUUAUAUAUAUCAUCAAUCAGAGAUAAUACUUAUAAAAUUGUUACCCUCUAAAUGUUAAUUUUAAAAUUUUGUAUGUUAUACCAUUAAAAAAAAAAAAGAUUUUUUAUAGACUGUAUGUUAACUGUUCCCCCCAAAAAAUAAAUACAUAAACGCUGUUCUGUUUUUUUAUUAUUUCAUAUUUGUGUGAUAACAUAAUAUCAGUGUGGUACAAUGUGAAUUUAUUAAAGAUAGAUCCUGGCUAUGUUUGACAGUUGAAAAAAAAA